UCGGCGCCUCGGCGCGACAGUCGGGAAUCAACGACGAGUGCACGCGCUAGGACUUCAGUGUCGGAGCAACUGGUCCACGUCGUAACGCCGCGGCAGAACUGCACACCAAAAGGAAUGUAAUCUCCGUACGAAUGACCGAUCUUCUACCCGUCUACGACGCGCUCCAAUUCAGACAUUAAUUGCCCACGUGACCACGGGACUAGCGCGUAUCGCCAGCUGCUUUUGAAGCGCCUAAAGAAGCCGAGGAGCAGGCUUUUGUAAUCGAUGGGUUGAGAACGUGAAAUUCGUGCUUUUCAGCUUUUUUUUCUCUCGUUACGGCCAAGGUGUAUACAGAUGAGCCAUGCUGAAGGUGGUAGGAGCCUCCUGGCUGCAGACACGCAUCUCCACUUACAUCCUCGUCGCUGUUGCUCUCCUGGGAAUUGGAGCUGUAAUUCUCGGCGAAUUCGGACAUGUUGAACAAGAUGGCACUUAUUCAGCUACCGUAACAUGGAACCGCAAAGGAGGAUACCGCAUUGACUUUUGGGGCCAAGGCAACGAUCUUACCGCUGUACCAUUACACGCAGCUCGUGCCUAUUACAAAACUGGAAUAUUCGAACAUGGGUGGUCUUAUAUUGAAAUUGAAACAUCCUCAAAAUACCCCGACACUGUACAGGCCUAUGCUGCCGGUCUGUUAGAGGGCAGCCUUACUUGGCAAUUGAUCCAUCAUCACUGGUACAAUACCAUCCGAGCGGAAUGCGAAGCAAAAACUGCCGAGUGCCAGAAGAUGACGCAGUAUCUUCGAGAUAAUACAGCCAUUAUUCGCGAACGUGCCGAACUACUGGACUCUACAGAAUCUUUUUGGCAUAUGGUACGAUUAUUUUACACGCAAUUGGACGGCUUGGAGGCUGGCUGGAAAUUCGCUGUACGUCGAAGCCGUGUGUCUGUGUCACUGGAAUCUGAUGAUUUUCUUUGGCUCGCUCUAGCUUCCGACAUACCUGGUUUUCAACGGGUGUUCAACAUAUCAGAUGUUCCUCUGAGUUCCAUGAUCUACUUUAAAUCGUUACUUAAAGAAAAUUCAGAACCCUUGAUAGCAAUUGGUCAUAACACAGCUACGUCAUACACGCAAAUGUUGAGACUCUUAAAGAAAUACACAUUCGGUUAUCACGUACUGCCUGCUAUUAAAAGUGCUCCACCAACACCUAGUCGGUCAGUAGUAAUGUCAUCUUAUCCUGGAGCUUUGUCGUCCCAGGAUGAGUUUUAUUUAAUGCGUGGCGAAAAUCGUGAAUUAGUUAUAACCGGAACACCUUUAUUAGCGACAAAUUAUAAUGAAUGGAGCUUCUUGUACCCGCAGGACCACGUAAUGCUAUCCGCAAGAUUAAUGGCGGCGAAUCGUUUGGCAACGAACGGCCAAUCUUGGUUCGAGAGUAUGUCUUAUCAGAAUGGAGGUGCUUCUGCUGUACAGUGGAUAACCUUCGAGCCACAUAAUACGACCAUGCUGUUAGUAGAACAAUUGCCAAGUCUAACUGUCGCUAUGAAUUACACGGAGGAAUUCAAGAAGGUUGGUUACGUGGCCUGUGUCGGUACGUCGAACUUCCAAAAUGUCAAUGACAUUAUACAACCUGCCAAGAAGGAUAUAAAUGCGUGGAGGGACCGUUUAGCGCGUCUGCAAGAAAACAUCACUACGUUCGAGCAAUUUCGUAACAUGAUGCGUGGUUGCAGCCAGGAAGAUUGCACUGCCGAGUAUCAGAAUUCAAAAGUCGAUCCACUGCAGGAACUGACGUAUCGCGGCGAUUUAGAAACUCAGCCGAUACCGUAUGGUAUUAUAGAUACCAAAAUUUUGGUAGUUGAUGUCGAUGGAUUUGAAUCUUUCGAAACAAUUUCAGGACCUGCAACGUCGAAAUCGCGACCACCUUUCAAAUGGUCCGACACAUUUCCCAAUAUUUCACACAUAGGACACCCAGACACUUUCGAUUUCGAAAGCGUUACUCCUACAUGGGUUUGGGUCUAAUAACGUCAAUAACAUGUUACUAAAUUGUGUAUUUUCGUAAUUUGUAAAUCGAAUUUUUUAAAUAUGUUAACAGAUCAAAAUAAUGUUCUGUCCAAUCCCUGUAAGUGGAUCGUAAUCUCUUUUAGAUGAAACUUUUAAUAAUAAUAUUUAAAUGUAUUUUAUUUGAUAAGCUGGCUCAUACGUUAGCCACCUCUGGUGAAAUUUUAUGAAAUAAAAUA